GACCGGCUGGCUGGGCGAGAGCUGGUCGAUUUACGCAAUCUUGUGGAAUCCAGAUCAAUUAAUCGAGCCCAGCGACAGGAGUCCUACGCAAGCAACUCCGCUCUCUUAACGCCCCCCCGGCCACCACGUCUCAAGUCUCAGCGUGCCCCGCUCUCGUCUCGUCUUCCCUUGCGCCUUGCCUAUCAAUCCCGCAAGCUUCUUCCCCGGAGCCUCGCUAGGCUAGCUAGCUACAACGUACGCCGUACAGCCUUGCUUGCUAACAUUGCUAGUUCUGUUGGGUCUCUGUGGCUCCGCUACAAGGGCAGAUGCUAGCCACAUAGCUAGCUCGGCCUCCUCCCCAUCCAUGAGUUCUCUCGUCUUCUUGCCUGCACGGUGGCCAUGAAACGACCUCACACCAUAGCCGCAGCCGCCGCCAUCCUCCUGUGGCUCGCCGUGCUCACCGUCGCGUUCCACGGGUGCAGCCGCCUCGGCUGCAGAGGCCUGGCCGCGAGGAGGAGAACAAGUCCGGUCGCUGUCCCGAGGAAGAUGCUGCUCGCCGUGACGAGCCUCGACGCUGCCUCGCUGACCGGUCACCAUCAUCGUCAACACCACCACCAACAUAAUCGGCAUCACCAGCAUCAUCACCAUCACCAUCACGUCGACCGAUGGAACCGGCACGGGAUUCCACUGUCCGCUGUUGGCAAGGGCGAGGAGAUCGACCCGCGGUACGGCGUGCAGAAGAGGCUCGUCCCGACAGGCCCGAACCCGUUGCAUCACUGAGAGAUCGGUACGCGUACGGCACAUGCAUGGAUAGAGAAAUUUUUCGAGGCUCUGCAGGCUGAUUCCAUGGUGAGUGGCACACAUCGUCUUGCUGUGUUCAUCGAUCGAGUCCAGUCCGGUAUUCUUUCGUUGUGGAGUGGAUGGAUGCCGAAGCGUGCAUGCGCUGUGAUCAUCGAUCAGUUCAUCACACAUACUUAAUUGUUAGCUUUUGUGUGUUCAUGUAUGUAAUAUUGAUCUCAAGCUGCAAAGCAAACAAGCGAAUAAAAGAGAAGAAAAUAUCUAGCUAUAUAUAGUACAUAUAAGUUAUG